UCUCCAAGCACCACCUGCGCUCCGUCACUCGGCCGCGCUGAUGCCCAACCCCCUGACGGCCAGUGGCACCCGGGACCGCUAAGAGAGGUGGUAGGAGGGACGGGCGAGCCGAGCGGAGCUAGACCGAGGGGUCCUGCUCUCUUUUACUCAUUCUACUGGAAAAGAGGAUCUACAGGGGCUGCAGGCAUACGUGCCAAAGGUGGGCUGCUGCCCGCAGGAGGGAUCAGGAUAGGACGACCUGGACCCCUCUUCUACCCUCCCCCGGCAGGCAGUACCCCCUCCACGCCGCCACCUGCCCGCUCCACGCCGAACUCCCUGACGACUCGUGUGCCCCCUGCCCUGGAGCUGCGAUCCCAAGCGCCAUGGAAGCCGCUAACCUUUCAGUGGCCACCGCCGGCGUUGCCCUUGCCCUGGGACCCGAGACCAGCAGCAGUACCCCAAGCCCGAGAGGGAUACUCAGUUCGACCCCGAGUGGUGCCGUCCUGCCGGGUCGAGGGCCGCCCUUCUCUGUCUUCACGGUCCUGGUGGUGACGCUGCUAGUGCUGCUGAUCGCCGCCACUUUCCUGUGGAACCUGCUGGUUCUGGUCACCAUCCUGCGGGUCCGUGCCUUCCGUCGCGUGCCGCAUAACUUGGUGGCCUCGACGGCCGUCUCGGACGUACUAGUGGCAGCGCUGGUGAUGCCUCUGAGCCUGGUGAGGGAGCUGUCGACCGGACGUUGGCUGCUGGGCCGGAGCCUGUGCCACGUGUGGAUCUCCUUCGACGUGCUGUGCUGCACCGCCAGCAUCGGGAACGUGGCGGCCAUCGCCCUGGACGGCUACUGGACCAUCACACGCCACCGGCAGUACACGCUGCGCACCCGCAGCCGCGCCUCGUGGCUCAUGAUCGCGCUCACCUGGGUGCCGUCGGCGCUCAUCGCCCUCGCGCCGCUGCUCUUUGGCUGGGGCGAGGUGUACGACGCUCGGCUCCAGCGCUGCCAGGUGAGCCAGGAACGCUCCUAUGCCGUCUUCUCCACCUGCGGCGCCUUCUACCUGCCGCUCGGCGUGGUGCUAUUUGUCUACUGGAAGAUCUACAAGGCGGCCAGGUUUCGUUUCGGCCGCCGCCGGAGAGCUGUGCCGCCGUUGCCGGCCACCAUGCAGGUAAAGGAAGCACCUGAUGAGGCUGAAGUGGUGUUCACGGCACAUUGCAAAGCAACGGUGUCCUUCCAGGUGAGCGGGGACUCCUGGCGGGAGCAGAAGGAGAAGCGAGCAGCCAUGAUGGUGGGAAUUCUGAUUGGCGUGUUUGUGCUGUGCUGGAUCCCCUUCUUCCUGACGGAACUCAUCAGCCCACUCUGUGCCUGUAGCCUGCCCCCCAUCUGGAAAAGCAUAUUUCUGUGGCUUGGCUACUCCAAUUCUUUCUUCAACCCCCUGAUUUACACAGCUUUUAACAAGAACUACAACAAUGCCUUCAAGAGCCUCUUUACUAAGCAGAGAUGAACACAGGGGUUAGAGAGACAUGGGUAGAUUUUAAGGAGGAAGGAACUUGGACUUUUUCGUCAGUGAUCUGAGGAAAUCUUCCCUCCAUAGCUGAGUGCUAUGGAGAUUCUUCCCUCCAUAGCUGAGUGCUAAUGCUGUAUUGAGAGUUAUACCAUUGGGCCUGGACUGUAGAAGCAGUAGAGCCAAGGUUCUCAAGAAAGACAGCAAAGGUCUGGCAGAUGUUGUAACUAUGCCUUCUUCCCAUGUGCAUGGCAGACAUUGCCAAUUGGUCAUGGCUUGGCUCCCCACUGAGCAGCAACUUGGUCUCAGAAUCCUUUCCAGGACAGCACUCUAGGCAGCUACUGUUGAUUAUUUAAAAUUGAUGCAAGACUUGAAGCUGAUUUGUUUUUCCUUUGUCAAUAGUUUAUUCCUCAGAAGGGGGAUUCUCUGCACAGGGCCCCAGUGAUCUGUUUGGUGGCCCACUCAGGAGACUUUCUCCUUUGUGAAAGAGCCCUCUCUACAUCUUUUAUUCACCUUACUUAGCUUAUCUUCCUCAGCCUCUCACGCUUCCGCAACAGGAUAGUGUAUCCCAAUUUGUGAGAAGAUGAGGAUGCCUGAAGUUUUGUCUUAAAAAAAAGGUGUUCAGUGCAAACCAUACCUACUGAAUCAGGCUCUCAAAGAAGAGGUCUGGUAAUCCAUCUCUUCAGUUGUCUAGAUGACUUUCUUUUCAUCAGUGAGAGAUACUUCUGGAUAUUCAGGUUGCUUUUUAGGCCAACUACAUUAGUAUUUCUGGGAGGUGAAACCCCAGGCAACAGUGUCUUUUAAAGCUUGCCAGGCAAUUCACUUCUAGGCUCAGAAUCAUUCUUAUGGUAUACACACACCUGCAUAUGACACUGAGAUGGGAAAAAAUGAUGCCUAUUGUAGGAUUCAAAACCAACAACCCCUCACCCCCACCCAAAACUGCCAUAGUGACUCAUGGCCUUCCAGAAAAUGUUAAAUGUGGCCCAGAUGUAUAGGAAUCCAAGGGAUGGACUACAUCAUCUUGGCCACAGUCUACCUGAUUUUGGAAGCAGAAUAGCUGUCUAUUGAUUAGGCUUUUUAAUUUGCAAAAAAGGGUCUGCUCCACCAUUGUUUCAUUUGAUAUCUGAGUUAUAUAGACAUUCUUCACCCUUACACUAAAGAGUACCAGUAUUUUAAGGUUUAUUAGAGAAUACAGGCCCACAGUUCCUUUUCCAAAGCCUUUGGGACCAGAUGUGUUUCAGAAUCCAGAAUUAUUUUUUGGGUUUAAAAAGCCAUAUACAGUAUGUAGACAUGUAUGGUAUAGUCUGUAAGUUAGAAAACACCCCUGACUGGGUCUAGGACAGCAGCAUGUAAUCAGUAAUUUGAGUAUUUCUGCAGUAAGAUGUAUGAAUAUAUACAUUGUGAGAAAAGGACUAGAAAUAGCCUCAUAUUAGUGCAGGUCAUUUGAGCCAGAUCAAUUGUGUUGUAAAAUGAGUUACACACACUUGUUUUCUCAACUCUUUGUAUUUUUGCGAUUGUGGAUCAUGGACCAGUAUAACCGCAAGCCAUAUAAAGUUCAGCCCUGAUAGGUGCCAACCCUACUAAAUGGAGGAAUUCUGAAGAGAGUCUGGGAAGAAUAUAUGGUCCAACCAUUCCAUUGUUGCUAGAGAUUGGACAUCAUGAAGGUAAUUAGUAUGGUACCCUGGAUGGCCUUCUUGGAGUUGUGUUUUGGAAUUCUUUUUCAUUGGAAGA